AUGGAUCCACAGCCCGAAUCUAUCACCUUCGACGCGGCCUGCCUCCUUGCUUGGAAGAACAAGUUCCGACAUCACGAUACCACCAUCUACACCCGCCUCUUCGGACUCCACCCCUAUCUGCGUCUCAACAAGACCGAAGUUGCCAGCGACCUCCUUCCCCGAAUCCACAGAAACACCCCCUACACCGUCAAAAUGGUCCAGCUUGUCGAGGUCGAGGACGAGCACUUCCAGGGCAACCCCAACGUCAUCCAGGACGACGAUGCCGACUUCACCGACACUGCUUCAAAUAAGCUCAUCGACCCCGGCUCCCAGCUCGAUGACGUGACGUCUGAUGCUUCGGCCAUCACCCCUAUCAUCCUUCUCAUCACUAACCACGUAUCCCUCUUCCCAGACUCUGAGAUCUCCGCCGACAGCGAUUUUGAUCCCUCCGAAGAGACCCUCGCCGAGCGCCUCGCCGCCCUGAAGGACAUCAUCCCGCCGACAACCCGCGGCUGGAUCGGCUCCCAGGUCAACACGGGCGCGAGCAUCGUCCAGAACACAUGGUACUACGGCUCGCGCACCCUCUGGCUUGUCUGCGCCACGGCGCUCAUGAUCGGUGUCCCCCUCGCUACGUGCUGGGCCGAAGACCAGCAGAUUGAGGGCAUGGAGCGCGAGUACCGCAUGCGCGAGAUGGGCGGCGAGCUGCUGACCGCCGGCGAGGGCCAGGAGGGCAGCACCGCCGACAUGCUGGGCGAGUCCCUGGGUGCUGGCAAGGCCGAGGCCCGCCCGUCGCUGUAA